UCUGUUCUGAAGAAUCAAAUCAAAACUCGAAAUUAGGGUUAGGGCGGAAGCGAAAAAGAGAGAGGAGGGGAUACUAAAAAAUGGUGGGAUGGGAUCCAAACACGAAAUCAACACUAACCCAGAUCCCACUUCUAACAACAAAAGCAGGGCCUAGAGACGGAGCAGCAUGGACGCAGAGAUUAAAGGAAGAGUACAAGGGUUUAAUCGCCUACACCCAGAUGAACAAAUCAAAAGAUAACGAUUGGUUUCGAAUCUCAGCAGCCAAUCCCGAAGGGACUCGUUGGACAGGCAAGUGCUGGUAUGUCCAUAAUCUCCUCAAGUACGAAUUUGAUCUCCAAUUUGAUAUCCCCGUUACUUAUCCUUCCACUGCUCCGGAGCUAGAGUUGCCGCAGCUCGAUGGCAAGACCCAGAAGAUGUAUAGAGGAGGCAAGAUUUGUUUGACUAUUCAUUUCAAGCCGCUUUGGGCUAAAAACUGUCCCAGGUUUGGCAUAGCACAUGCACUUUGUUUGGGUCUUGCUCCAUGGCUCGCGGCAGAGGUUCCUAUUCUUGUAGACUCGGGCAUGAUCAAGCACAAAGACGAUACUGCUGCUACCAGUGAAUCUUAAUUACUUAACAUACUGGUUGAAAAAGUAAUGCCUUUUAAUUUCUCAGUCCUUACCUUUGUUAAAGAAAAUAAAGCCCAAGGCAUGAGUUGAUAUUUUAUAGGAUGUUCAUUGUGUACAAUUCAUCUGCAGAAACAUCAUUUGUAACUUUCUGUUUAAUGAAAUACACACUUCGGUGUUCACAACACCCUUAGAAUCUAAA